CCAAGGAGAAACUUGAUAUGCAGCUUGCAGACAUAGUGUAUCCUGCGCACAAAACGAAACAAUCAGCGAAGGACGUAUUGGGAGAUAGCGCCCCUCGUCUCCGGAGCUGCGUCAACCGCAAGGACAAGAAUUCCGACGAUUUCCGUGCCUGCACCAUGUUCUGAUCUUCUUAUACACAGUAUAGUUAUGCGGAUCUCGACAAACAGCGUUUCGCGACAGGCAGGGGGAUGGAGCAAGGGGAGACCUCGAGCAGGGCUGGAUUGACGCAACCGACAGGGGCCUUCCUCGCUGUUACCAUCGCCUCGGUACCCGAGGAUGGAUAUUAUUUGCAACCUCCCAUUCCCAACAAACUCUUUUGUACGGCUGCCACAGCUUGCAUCCGGUCUCUUUCGGCUAUCAUGUCUUGCCGCGCGUUCAUCAGGAGCAAUGGGCUGACACUUUCAACAACCUCCUUGUCGAGCUCAUGUUCCGGGCAACCACAUGCCGUUUGCGCGAUAAUCAGCUGCCGAAAGACCUCAUCAAUGAGAGACGAGCCGUGUUACAGACGACCUUCUCCACCUCGCAGGACUGCAAUCUCCGUCCGGUUUUGGUCGUUCUCAGACACCAACCUCCUCCGCCCCCACCAGGCCUUCCCAAGCGGCCGGGUUUGUGGGACCUGGACGGAUCACCCCUCCUUUUCGGCGACGUCUCCCGACAUGACCGGUCUUGGCGCACCAGUUUUCUCGGUCACCAUCACAGCCAAAAACGGGCCCUCGGACAUGCGGCCGCUCGUGGAGGGACGUGGAAAAAGAAAUGGCUGCAUAGCUAUGACCGGUGGGGUUGGUUGGACCCCCACGACCGCAGUCAUCUUUCGUUUGACCACCUGGUUUUGCGCUCAUGCCCCUACGCUCUCAUCCUCACGCCGUCUCUGAGAGAGCACAAUUAUGGCGGAAUCGGGAGACGGACUAGCUGCGCUCUGUGCAUGAUAUCGCGGAGGGAGUGACUGCGAAACGGCGAGUGCAUAUGCGACGGGCUCCGAGACGGCCUUCCCCCGGAGUAGUUGACCUUGCAUAACUCGCGCAGCUCCGUGUUCUAGUUGAUUUUGUCCUCUUUUCUGCGUCCCGGCCUCAGACAAUUCCGGCAAGCCGGUCGUCCGUCAGCCACCGUCCCCGUUUGCCUGAUGU